GAGAACCAAAACAUACCCACCAAAAGCAUCUCAACCAUGCGACUCAUAAACGCCGAAACGCUUAAACUUAUAAACUUCCACACUCCAAAUCUCCCCCGCUACGCUAUCCUGUCACACACAUGGGGCAGUUCUGAAAUCACUUUCCGCGAACUCCGCAACCUGAAAAUGUCCCUAAAAACCGCGCGCAUAAAAACGAAAGCCAAAGCCGGAUACUACAAGAUCACAAAAUGUUGCGAGCAAGCGCGGCUCGACGGGCUGGAAUACGUUUGGGUAGACACUUGUUGUAUUGAUAAAAGUUCAAGUGCGGAGCUGAGCGAGGCCAUUAACAGCAUGUAUAGAUGGUAUAAGAAUGCGGCAGUGUGCUAUGUAUACCUCGAUGAUAUUGAUUUGUUCGAUCCAAUAAGAGCAAGCGAUAUAGGGUUUGCGCGGGGGGAUCCGGAGAAGUUUUGGACGAAAUGUAUUGAUCUUAUUAGUGAGAAGGAUCUUGGGAAGGCGCGCUGGUUUACGAGAGGCUGGACGUUGCAGGAAUUGAUUGCGCCGCAGAAUGUGGUGUUUUAUAUCAAGGGAUGGAAUUAUGUGGGCAAUAAGGUUAGUAUGAGGGAGAAGUUGGCUAGGAUCACCAGUAUCGAUGAGGCAACGCUUAUGACGAGGAACCUGGAGGCUGUUAGUGUGGCGAGGAGGAUGGCAUGGGCGGCGAAUAGGGUUACUACGAGGGUGGAGGAUCUGGCGUAUUGUCUUCUUGGCAUCUUCGACGUCAACAUGCCGUUGCUAUACGGUGAAGGCGAAAAUGCGUUUGUUCGACUCCAGGAAGAGAUUAUGAAGGAUUCAGAGGACCAGAGCCUGUUUGCCUGGAGACCAGCAGACGCAUCCGAAGUCUAUAACCUCGACCUUCUGCUCCCCAUGAAACCAGAAGAAGGCAGAGGAGUCUUCGCUCGACAUCCCAGUGAGUUUGUGGUAUCCAGUGCUGUUCGUCCGACUUCCUCCCGUGGAGAGCCCUACACCCUAACGAAUAAAGGCGUCAAGAUGGAAAUCCCAAUCCUGCCGCUCGAAAGGGGCAUUUUCCUGAUCAUUCUAGAGUGCAAUUAUGACGGUGACUUAUCUCAUCGGCUCGGUAUCGCUGUUCAAAAGCUACCUGGAGGUAGUACUAGUCAAUUUAUUCGGCAUGAUAUGGUGGGGCUGAUAAAGGUCAGUCAGGCGAUGGCUCAGAGAGCAGAUAUUGGGACGGUGUAUCUGUGCAAGAAGGUUCCGAACACUCAAGAUUAUUCGUCAGUUUUCAAGAUCUUCAGGGCGGACAGUCAUAUGGGAUAUGGAGAGAUCGAGGAGGCGAGUAUUGUGUCUAAAUAUUCCUUAGGUGAUGAGGCCUGAAAGAUGGAAACUCUGGCACAAUUACUGGACGAACCUUGAGCUCCAAUAUCGGAGAUGGGGCGAGUAUGAAGUUACUCGCUAGGUAGAACAACAUUUGCUUCGUCUAGGACAGUUAGAAGAGGAGUGUAGUAGAGCAUAGCCACUUCGACAACAGUC